AUGUCUGGCCCAGCAAAGCAGAAAAAGCAGCAGUCGUUGACCUCCUUCUUCACCCCAAAGGCAACCGUCAAUGGGCUAGCAGCAAGUCUGCAGAGGUCCCAGAAUAAAAGCCAGGACGAAUCGCCCACCGGCAAUGCCAAUGAUUCCUUCGAGAGCUCCCGCAAACGCCCACUCGGCGAAGACACCGACAAUGGCAAUGAUACAACGUUGAGGAAGAAGUCGAAAGGGAGUUUCCCCGAUGGCCAGAGCAGCUUCUUCGGCAAGCCCGCGACGGAUCCUGCCCCAACAAGUCCCAGCAGGCCAGGCGUCCGAACAGAACGAUACCGAUACGACGAGUCGAGUUCGCACGACAGGGAGCCCGUGGCUGCAGAGGAAUGGUACAAAGAGGAUGCGCUCGAAAAGAGUAAGAAAGAGGAACUGCAUCGCAAGUUCGUCCAGAAGCUGGGCCGCCCCGACAGCAUAGCCCAGAUUAAGCGGCGGAACUGGCAAGGCGAUGACGAGACACAAGGCGCCGAGAACGAGGAUUGGGAAGAUGGCGACGAGGAAGAGCCAGAACCGCCGGCCAAAACAAAGAAAAAGGGGGCCAAGACUGGGAAACUUACUCCCAUGGAAAUUCAGGUCUUGGACAUCAAGAGGAAGCACAUGGAUACGCUAUUGAUCGUCGAGGUCGGCUACAAGUUCAAGUUCUUUGGCGAGGACGCCCGCGUAGCUGCCAAGGAGCUGAGCAUCGUCUGCAUACCGGGGAAAUAUCGCUUCGACGAGCAUCCCUCAGAGGCGCACCUCGAUCGCUUUGCCUCUGCGAGUAUCCCCGUUCACCGACUGCCUGUACAUGCGAAGCGACUGGUGGCAGCCGGCCAUAAAGUCGGAGUCGUACGACAGGUCGAGACUGCGGCAUUGAAGAAAGUUGGAGACAACAGGAACGCACCCUUCACGAGAAAGCUUACCAAUGUCUACACCAAAGGCACAUAUGUCGAUGAGAUUGGAGAGCUCGACCAGCAACCGGACUCAGGUGCUCCAGCCGGCGGUUAUCUACUAUGUAUUACUGAGUCGAAAGCUAAAGGAUGGGGCACCGAUGAGCGAGUCGAUGUUGGUAUCAUUGCAGUACAACCCGCAACUGGCGACAUUAUAUACGACAACUUCGAGGACGGCUUCAUGCGGAGCGAGAUCGAGACUCGACUUCUGCACAUCUCACCAUGCGAAUUUCUAAUUGUGGGCGAGCUCUCGAAAGCAUCCGACAAGCUGUUGCAGCAUCUGUCAGGCAGCUCUACAAACGUCUUCGGUGACAGAAGUCGAGUGGAGAAAAUACCCAAGUCCAAGACAAUAGCGGCCGAAGCGUAUUCACGCGUUACCCAAUUUUAUUCCAAUAAACUCAAAGGUAACGAGGGCGACGAGACAGCCAGUGCCCUUUUGGACAAGGUGCUGAAACUGCCGGAGCCGGUCACAAUAUGUCUAUCGUCAAUGAUCAACCAUCUGGAAGAGUACGGUCUCGAGCACAUAUUCGACCUUACCAAGUACUUUCAAUCGUUUAGUGCCCGUCAGCACAUGCUUAUCAAUGGUACAACGUUGGAGAGUCUGGAGGUGUAUCGCAACCAGACUGACCACACCGAGAAGGGCAGUCUGUUCUGGGCCGUGGACAAGACCGUGACUAGGUUCGGUCAACGGCUUCUCCGUAAAUGGAUAGGCCGCCCGUUACUCGACAAAGACAGUCUCGAGGAGCGAGUGGCCGCAGUGGAGGAACUACUCGAAAAUACCUCGACCGUCAACGUUGACCAAAUCGAGCACCUCCUGAGGAACACCAAGACCGACCUUGAACGCAGUCUCAUUCGAAUCUACUACGGCAAGUGUACGCGGCCGGAACUCCUAGCUGUGCUUCAGACCCUUCAGAAAAUAGCUACCGAAUACGCCGGCGUCAAGUCACCUGCCGACACAGGCUUCAAAGCGGCCGCCGUCAGCAAUGCCAUCGCCUCCUUGCCCAGGAUUCUACCAACCGUACUUUCGUACCUCGACCGCAUCAACGCCGACGCCGCGCGCAAGGACGACAAGUAUGCGUUCUUUCGAGAAAACGAGGAGACGGAUGAAAUCACCGAUCACAAGCUAGGCAUCGCAUGCGUAGAGCAGGAACUCGACGCCCACCGCAAAGACGCCGCCUCGAAGCUGACCAAGAAGUCCACCGUGACCUACGUGACAGUCGCCGGCAUCGAGUACCUGAUCGAGGUGCCCAACACAGACCUGAAGCACGUGCCGGCAUCCUGGAUGAAGAUCAGCGGCACCAAGAAGCUCUCGCGCUUCCACACGCCCGACGUGGUGCGCCUAGUCUCGGAGCGCGACCAGCACAAGGAGGCCCUCUCAGCCGCCUGCGACACAGCCUUCGUCGCGCUCCUGAACUCCAUCGCGUCCGACUACCAGCCCCUUCGCGACGCCGUCUCGGCCCUCGCGACGCUCGACUGCCUGCUCUCGCUCUCCAAGGUCGCCGCGCUGCCGGGCUACACGAAACCGACCUUCCUGCCCUCCGACAGCCCGCCCACCAUCGCCGUCGAGGGCGGCCGCCACCCCAUCGCCGAGCAGACCCUCACCACGUCCUACAUCCCCUUCACCACGACACUCGCCUCCCCCGCGCCCCUCGCGCACCUGAUCACGGGCCCCAACAUGGGCGGCAAGUCCUCCUUCGUGCGCGCGGUAGCGCUCCUAGUCCUCCUCGCCCAAACAGGCUCCUUCGUGCCCGCCACCUCCCUCCAGCUAACCUUGACCGACGCCAUCCACACGCGCAUGGGCGCGCGCGACAACCUCUUCGCCGGCGAGUCCACCUUCAUGGUCGAGGUCUCCGAGACGGCCCGCAUCCUGCGCGCCGCCACCCCGCGCUCCCUCGUCGUCCUCGACGAGCUCGGCCGCGGCACCAGCACCCACGACGGCGCCGCCAUCGCCCACGCCGUCCUCCACCACGUCGUCGACCAAUCCCACUGCCUCACCCUCUUCAUCACGCACUACCAGAGCCUCGCACGCGUCGCCGACGGCCUCGGCGGGGGCCGCUGCCGCAACGUCCACAUGCGCUUCACCGCCACCCGGAGGGAAGGGGGCAAGUCCGGUCGGAGGCGACUGAUAGGAGGGAAUGGGAAUGAUGGCCGCUCGGGAGACGAAGGGGAAGGGGACGAGGACGAGAGAGACACAGAUGGGGAUGAGGAGAUCACGUUCCUAUACGAGGUCGGCGAGGGCGUGGCCCACAGGUCCUACGGCCUCAACGUCGCGCGGCUGGCGCGCAUCCCGCGCAAGGUGUUGGACGUGGCUUCGAAAAAGUCAAGAGAGCUCGAGGAAGAGAUGAAACUACGAAGGCUGGGUGGCGCGGCGAGAUUGCUGAUGGAUGUACUGGGACACGGUCCUGAUCAGCUGGACCAUCUCAUAGCUAGUAUUGAGCAACUGUAA